AUGUCUGUUACGCUCCAUACCACUCAAGGCGAUGUCAAGGUCGAGCUAUUCUGCGAGGCAGUUCCUCGAACAGCUGAGAAUUUCCUCGCUCUUUGCGCCUGUGGCGCAUACAAUGACACACCAUUUCAUCGCCUCAUCCCAGGCUUUAUGAUCCAGGGCGGCGAUAUCUCCCUCGGUCCAGCCGCGCAACAGUCAGCCUCAACGAAGUCCAUGCUCCCAUACGAGAUUCCCAAAGGCGGCACAUCCAUCUAUCACCCUUCCGCAUUGAACCAAGAAAUACACCUUCCAACGCUGAGACAUAAUGCCCGUGGUGUAUUGUCAAUGGCCUCGCGCCCCGUAAAGGACAUGACCGCACCCGGCUCGCAAAAUGCAACUGGGCCGACGAUCAACGGCAGUCAAUUUUUUAUCACAUUUGCGCCCGCCCCACAUCUUGAUGGAGCUAGUACGGUCUUUGGGAAAGUUUUGAAUCUGAGCGCUCAGGAUGAGGGUGGAGAUGUCCUGUCCAAGUUGGAGAAAGCCAAUGUCAAAGUGGACAAAAAGGGCAAAGUCUCCCAACCCAAGGAAGGAGACGAGUUUGAACCUUUCAAGAUCCAGCGUGUCACUAUUCAUGCCAAUCCAUUCGCUACGUGA